AUGGGAAAAGGUACUAAAAGAAAGCUUGGAUCUACUGAAGAUGUUGAAAUAUUUAACUCUUCCAGUAUAAAUGGUUCACAAGAUGAUAAAUCAUAUGGUGGGAGUAGCAAAGAUAAUAGGUCAGAGAUUAAUAAUGAUAUAUAUCAAUAUUCCCAAGUUAUUCAGUUGGAACAUGCAGUUACAAAAUUUAUGGAAUCUUAUAAACGAAUCAUUAAUCUAUCACCUAACUUAAAAGGUUAUCAGACUGCUUUAGAAAACCAAGAUAAGAUACCUUUACAAGUAUUACCAGCAUUCGGAAGGUAUAAAUUGAAAAUGGCAGCUGAAUUGAAAUCUUUGGAAGAGUUGAAGAAGAUUAAAUUGUUCGAUGAUUUAGCACGUUAUGAGGAUACCUAUAAAGAAGACGAUAUCAAACCGAUCUUAAAGGAUAUCACUGAAAAGGAUGUAGAAUCAUUAUCGAAUGCUAAGUUUGAUCCAUCAGUUGAAUAUUUGGAAAGUGAUGAAGAAGAUGAAACUUUAGGAGGUGAUGAUGAUUCAUUAUCUUCCAGUAAGGUGAAAUGGCCUCCAAAGCUACCAGAAAUAAAAGACCCAUCUAUUAGAGCAAAGGUUUUUAUUCACAAAUCUACAAUCAAAGAUAAGCUAUACUUGAAAGAGUCAGAGAUGAUUAAUGCCCAUAAUGAGCGUCUAGAAUUUCUGGGAGAUUCUGUUUUAAAUACUAUAAUGACAAUGAUUAUCUACAAUAAAUUCCCAACUUUUACAGAAGGUCAAUUAUCAAAGUUAAGAAUGAACUUAGUCAGCAAUGAACGUAUUAAAUCAUGGACAUAUUUAUAUAAUUUUGAUAAGAAACUAAAGACAAACUUUGAUUUAGGGAAUGAUAAGUCUCAUUUUCAAAAUGGUAAACAGAAAUUAUAUGCAGAUGUUUUUGAAGCUUAUAUAGGUGGUUUAAUUGAAGAUGACCCUAAGCAUAAUAUGCCUAAAGUAAGAAAAUGGUUAACAAAACUUUCAAAACCAAUUAUUAAUGAAGUUAUGCAGAAGGAUGUAAGUUUGGAGACUACAGAAAACAUAGAUUUAAACGCCAAAAGGCAAUUAUAUUCAAUUAUUGGAUACGCAGCAUUGAAUUUACACUAUGAGCCAGUGAAAAGACCAACUAGAGACGACCCGAUAAGUAUAGUAGAAUGUAGAAUAGAUGAUGGAACUGUUCUUGGUGUCGGUAAGGGAAGAAAUGUCAAAAUUGCAGGCCUAUGUGCAGCUCAAAACGUAUUGAGAAAUAAAUCUUUGAUUGAAAAAUAUUCACAAUUGAGAGCAUCUAUACCGAGAAAAGAAUCAGUUUUAAAGUCAGAUACCUCUCAGCCUAAGAAGAAACGUAAAAUUAAGAAUACCAAUGAAGCAGAAAGCAAGAACAUUAAAUUAAACGCCAAUGGAGAAUUUGUCAUUGAAUAG